CAAUCCAGCACUUCGCGCUGGCGUUUUUCCCACCACAUCCUCCCCAUAUCACCACCACACAACAAGGAGUCAUCAUCACACCUCACGCCACGCUCGCUCAGCACAAGCACAAGCACAAACACAAACACAAACACACAAUCACCAAAGCACAAAGCACAAGACAACCAUCUCUCACCACCUCCCUCCGUUCUCACGUUGGCGCCGCUCGACUUGGUUUUCACCAAGCAAUGCACAAGUCGCGUCACCGCCAAGGAGGCGGGCGCGGCGCGCCACGUUGUUGCUUCAACCCACGAGAACUGCACCAGGCAAGAUCACGCCCAUCAACAGCAACACAACCACUGCCCACACAAACACACUCAGCGAGGAACCGAGAACACAGCGUUGUGGGCUCCCGCUUCUUACGUGACAGCGUCACUGGGUCGCUGUCAUGCGCCACAGUGAUCGUGCUGUGCUGCGUGUUGGCGGCGCCCCUUCUGCUGCCAGCCGCACAAGCACAGGAAGGAGGCGAACACGAGAACCAAGUCCCCUGCUUGAUUGAGACAUCAACCACAGUCGCGCCACGCGUGUGCGACUCCGUGAUUGUCCGCGUACGCGAUGGUGCAGAUGAUGUGGUCACCACCAACCUGACACAGGUGAACGGCAACAUGACGCUCGUGCUCGGUGGCAACUUCCAAGGCACAUGGGGCUUCCCAGACCUGAUUUACGUGGGUGGCCAGAUCUCCUUCGAGUACGACGGCAGCCCGUCGGAGAUCCAACCCAUGGGCGGCCUGACACUGGGAAGCGUCGACGCGGGGCCUCUGCACAUCGGCGGCGGCAUCAACGCACAGCCAGUGGAUGCCAGCGACAACUCCCACCUACGCAAUCUCACCGUGCCCUGCCUCUUCUCGCUCGGGUCGCCAGAGUUUGCCAUGCGCGUCAACAGCGACAGCACCAUGACGUUUGUCGCGCUGGCCCUUGGCCAAUCCUCCACCACCCCGCUGCGCGUGCUCAUCAACGCCAACGAUGUGGAUCGGCUCCCCGACGACCCGCUGCCGACCUGCCCACCGCUGCAAGUGUACGGGCACAUCAAGCUGGAUAAGCUUUCAAAUGCAGACGUUGUUCUCGGCCACCUCCUCCAUCUCGACGGCAAUCUCAACAUCAACAACGCCGCCACCACGACACAAGUGCGCGUCGUUGUUCGCGACGGCCCACCACCAACCCGCCCCGCAGAGCAGUCCCUCUCGUUUGCGUGGCCGCAGAUGGUCGUCACCGGGGCCGUGCGCUUUUCGCCCGAGACGGUCACCACCAGCGCCGCGUCCAUCGUCACCGUAGACGGGCUUGCAUCCGCCCAGGGUGUUGCAUAUGGUGCAACAGUCACCGCCUUCACCGUCUUUGCCAUCAACGGCGGUAAUGUGCCACGCAGCAGUGUUGUGCAGGACUUUCAGGGCGGCGACUGCAGCUACCACGGCAUCAAGAUUGGCGGCGCGUGCACUUGCUGGGGCUUUGCAGCCGGUCCAACAUGCGCAGACACAAACGCCCCGUCUGCGUGUCUGUUCUCUGCUGCGAUCCCGCAGCUCUCGGGCAAGUUCUUCACUGUCGCCUCCCGCGCCCUCACACAUGACGCCCCCGCCAUCGCCGCCAGGCCCAUCGCUUUUCUCCGUAACGCGACCAACGGCACGUCGCGCUACCACUUGAUCCCGCGAGUGACAACGAUGCGUGUGGCUGCCGAGAAUCGCACGUCCGUAGGCUGGCACCUCACCAGCGCCGGCCUUGACGCAAUCACGUCGGAUGAAGCGCCAGCACACCUCAUUGCCCGCACCAGUGGAAUGCUGCCGUCACUUCUCCUGACACCGCCUCGCACGGCCUGGUACCGCGCCGCCGACACCACGUAUCGCGAUGAUAGUGCUGACGAUGAUGAUGAUGACGAUGACGAUGACGAUGACGAUGACGAUGACGAUGACGAUGACGAUGACGAUGAAAUUGAGGGAGAACGUGAUGGUGAUCCGCGCUGGCAGCAUGCGCGCGCGUCAUUGCCUGCACGCAUCCUUGAAGGCACGUCGUUCGGGCCCGUUCGCCCGAACGGCAACUGCCCCGCGCUGUGCACGCAGUGCGAGACACCGACAUUCUGUGUCAGCGGCGAAAAUGUGUGCUCCGAGACACUGUCCGAUUGCGGGUUUGCGAGCUUCUGCAGAGACGCGAGUGUGUGCGGCGGUGUGGAGCAAAGGGCAAGCCCUUUGGAUCCAACGUGCGACCUCAUGCGGGACGCGCCAACCACCACAACGGCAACUUCCACAUCAUCAGCUGCAACAACCACAACCACAACCACAACCACAACAACAACCACAACAACAGCAGCGACUACGGUGGCAGGCACAACUACAGCUCCAGGAUCGACAACGACCACAACCACAACGCCUGCCGCAUCCUCCAAUACGCCAAUGACAACCACAACCACAACAACCAUCACAGCCACACCGACGACGAUAACCACAACAACAACCAGCAGUACUACAACCACAACAACAACAACAACAACAACAACAACAACAACAACAACAACCACAACAACAACAACAACAACAACAACAACAACCAUCACAGCCACACCGACGACGAUAACCACAACAACAACCAGCAGUACUACAACCACAACAACAACAACAACAACAACAACCACAACAACAACAACAACAACAACAACAACCCCAUCUGCUGCCAACGCGACCACGACACCACCAAUUGCAUCGACAAGCACGGCUGCCACGACGAGUGGUGGCGGUGGUACCACGUCCUCAUCCGCAGUUGGCGAUGCGGGCGCAAUUGCCGGCAUUGUUGUGGGCGUUGUCCUGUUCCUGGUGCUCAUUGCCAUCCUGAUUGUCGUGCUGCUGCGCCGCCGGAAGAACAACGUGGACAGCGUCCUCACAGCACUCGGGUCUGUCAACCUCAACCCAACGUUCGACCCCAGCCAUGGUGGCGGCCACGGAAGCAACGGCGCCAAGUCUGCUGCGCCACCCGUCCCCGCCCCCUUUGACCCAAAGCGCGUCGGCAGGUGGAUGGAUUCGCCGGUGUACACGCAGGACGGCAACAACAACAGCGGCGGCGGCGGCAGCGGCGGUAUGGACGAUGCAACGCGCGUUUCCCGCGUGCCCACGUCGUCCUCUGCAGCCACAUCUGUUCGCCCACCGUCCGCCGCGCUCAGCGAGGCGUCCAACGCAGACAUCAUCUACACGAGCCGAUCGGAGCUCAAUCUGUCGUCGUACUUUGUGGUGCCCAAGCAGUGGCAGUACCCGCGGUCGAAGCUGCAGCUUGGCGAGCUGCUGGGACAGGGCCAGUUUGGUGCCGUGUACACGGCCGAGGCGCCCGGCAUCAUCGAGGGGUCGAGCGUGCACACGGUGGCGGCGAAGAUGCUGAAGGAGACGGCGAGCGAGGCGGACCACGAGGACUUUAUUGGGGAGCUCGAGCUCAUGAUGCAGAUUGAGUGCCACCCGAACGUCGUCGCCUUCCUCGGCAUCUGCACGCAGGAGGAGCCAUACUUCAUCCUGGUGGAGUUUAUGGCCAACGGGAACCUGCGCGACUACCUGCGCACGUCCCGCGUUGCCGGCAGCAACAACCUCUGCCUCCUCCCCGCCGACCGCCUGCUGCAGUUUGCAAUGGACAUUGCAAGCGGCAUGGCCCACCUCGCCAGUCAGCAGAUUGUCCACAGGGAUCUGGCUGCGCGCAAUGUGCUCGUUGACGCUGCGCUGACGGCGAAGAUUGCGGACUUUGGUCUUGCCCGCGACGUCGCUGCCUCCCCAGAGGGGCACUACGCCGUCGUCAACAACCUCAGAAAGAUGCCGCUGAAGUGGAUGGCGCCGGAAGCGCUGGACCCGAACCAGCGCGUGUUCUCGAGUGCCAGCGACGUGUGGUCGUUUGGCGUGUGCUUGGGCGAGAUUGCCACGCUCGGCUGCAGCCCUUACGGCGGCAUGAAGGGCGUGGAGGUUGCACGCUCCAUCCUCAUCGACGGGUUCAGGAUGACAAAGCCACAGCACUGCUCGCAGCAAUACUACAAGCUGAUGGAGAAGUGCUGGCAGCUGCGCCCAGAGCGCCGCCCCACAUUCGUCACGCUGCGCAAACUCAUUGCAAAGCUGCAGUCUGCACCAGAGACACACCUCUCGUAUGUGUGCACGGAGCCCAACAAGCACGCGCCGCUGUCACGCGACCCGAGUGCCGAGGACCCGUCCCUGGUCAUGCACGAUGACGAGUAUGAGACCAGCGCCGGGAUGGUCGCCAUGCACGCCGGCAGCGACGGUGGCGACGACGACGAUGACGACGAUGGUGUGGACGCAACACCACAGUCGCCGAAUCGCAAGGUCAGCUUCCGCCGCUGCGCUGUGGACGAGACGCUCUACAGCAAAGUCAACCAGCUGCGAGCGGAACGGGGCUCCGGGUACAUGGUUCGCCCGGCGUAUGGCGACGAUCCCGUGUACAGCACGGUGCCGCCCGCUGCCGUGUCCCGCAACAGCAGCCGGCGCAGUCGCCUCGGCACCCGCGGUACACGCGCAUCCGUGGCACCGCGGCCGUCGUCGCUGUACGCGCGCGUGAUGCGGCUGGGCCGACGGGAGUCGGAAGGUGCGUAUGCACGGCUGGAGGUGCGGGGGCCUGCCUCUGAUCCCGUGUACUCGUCGCUGGCGGCAGUGCUGCAGCAGCCGUCACCUUCGGCUGAGGGCGACUACGACAACCUGCAGCAAGUGGGCGGUAUGGACAGUCCAACAGCAACAACGACGCCGACGCUAGCAGCAGCGCCAACCCCGCCCCCACCGAGGGUGUUGCCACGCAAGUCGCAACGUCAGCGCCAACAACAGCAUCAGCGCCUGUCUGAAGCCGAGGAGGAAGAGCAGGAGGAGGAACAACAGCAGCAGUAUGAAGUGCUGUCAGCAGCAGCAACAGGGACGUCGGCGGUGCCUGAGGACGACAGCAAUCUCUACGGCAUGCUGCGGGGCAUCCCACUUCCCAAUGACCAGCUGGUGCUGAGAGUGGCGUCCAACGCCCCGAGCGGACGCAAUGGGAAUGAUGAUGAUGAUGAUGACAGUGACAAUGGAUACAGCCGGCUGAACAUCAGCGGUCCACGGAACCGCCUUGACAGCAUGGCAUAG